UUGAUUAUCACCAAAUACAUACAUAACAGAUAUACCAUACCAGUGUGAUGUUUUUACAUAAAUACCUGCUAUCCUAGCAUACAAAACACGGUAGCUCUAAACGUUAAACAAUUAGUUUAGGGGAAGCAAAUAUCAAUGGAGAGUGACACAAAAAUAUCAUUCUAUUCGGUAGAACCAAAGAAAGUGUAUUGGUAAACCCAAAGAGAAAGAGAAAUGGAAUGCACCAAUCCAAAAUUUGCCGUCUGACAAUUUGUUUCGAGUCACAAUCUUCCAUUGCAUUGCAUUGCAUUCAAAUGCUUUCAUUUUCACCGUCACCUCCUUUGUCCGUAUUUCAUACCUUAUAACCUUCUUAUUUAAACAAUCCACAGCUCAACUUUAGCGCUUUAACACCAGCAAGUCCUCCCUUAAACACCAGCAACAAAGGGCAGAAAGUGGUUGCUGAAGUUCACUGCAAUGGCGAGGCCAAUGGCGAGGCCAGAAAGGACGAGAAGAAAUAAAAGCCUAGAGACACUAAUGGACUCGGACAAACCAGGAAUCGGAAGAAAUGUGAACCAACUGGGACCCCAGAAGUUCACUCCUGGCUAUGGCCUUGAAUUCAGUAACAUCUCGUAUAGUGUCAUAAAAAAGCAGAAAAAGGAUGGAGUAUGGAUCAACAAAGAAACAUAUCUUCUCCAUGACAUCUCUGGCCAAGCAGUAAAAGGUGAAAUUAUGGCAGUCAUGGGGCCUAGUGGUGCUGGAAAAUCCACCUUUCUUGAUGCAUUGGCAGGGAGAAUUGCUAGAGGGAGUCUAGAAGGAUCAGUUAGAAUUGAUGGAAAACCAAUUACUACAAGCUACAUGAAAAUGGUGUCAUCAUAUGUGAUGCAAGAUGACCAGCUCUUCCCUAUGUUGACGGUUUUUGAAACAUUUAUGUUUGCAGCUGAGGUUAGGCUUCCUCCUUCCAUUUCCAGGGCAGAAAAGAAGAAGAGGGUGUAUGAACUCCUUGACCAACUGGGCUUACAGAGUGCUACACAUACAUAUAUUGGUGACGAAGGAAGGAGAGGAGUGUCAGGAGGGGAACGACGAAGGGUAUCUAUUGGCAUAGACAUCAUCCAUAAGCCAUCACUUCUGUUUCUUGACGAACCUACCUCAGGCCUUGACUCUACAAGUGCUUACAGUGUUGUAGAAAAGGUUAAAGACAUAGCUCGAGGAGGAAGCGUUGUCCUUAUGACCAUACACCAGCCUUCAUUUAGAAUUCAAAUGCUCCUGGAUCAGAUCACCGUCCUUGCAAGGGGAAGAUUGAUAUACAUGGGCAAGCCAGAUGCACUACAAGCUCACAUGUCCAGAUUUGGAAGGCCUGUGCCUGAUGGAGAAAACAGUAUUGAGUAUCUUCUAGAUGUUAUUAGUGAAUAUGAUCAAGCAACGGUUGGGCUUGACCCCCUAAUCCAAUUCCAACGAGAUGGCCUCAAACCUGACCCCGCAGCCAUGACCCCUGUUCCAAAAACUCCAAGGACAUCUUUCAGAAGGAACACCCCUGCAUCUAAGCACUUGAUUAGCCUACGCAGCCAAGGAUUUACUGCUGGAACACAACAACCUCAUUCUGCACAGUUUAGUUAUCGCGACGAGGAUGACGAUGAUGACAAUUUCGAUAACUCCCUAGAAAGGAACAGUGUCCCAACACCAAGGAAUAUGACCAGUGGUGUUCACCCACGUUUGGCUUCUCAGUUCUACAAAGAUUUCUCGGCCAAAGAUUUCUCUAUCUGGCUUUACCAUGGUGUGGUAGGAACGCCGCGGCGGCAACCAUCAUGGACUCCGGCAAGAACACCAGGAUGGACGCCUGGGAAAACACCCAUGUCAGGACCAAGAAGUGCAGUUUCCUACCAAUAUUCUGCAGCUUAUCGGUAUCCUUAUCGCCCCCAAACUCCUGCGGUGGAUGGUCAGUCUAUGGACUACUCGGAAACUUCAUAUGCCCCUUCUCUUGAAGGAUUUGAGAUUGAGGAAGUGGUUGAUGAGCCAGUUUUAGGAUCCAAGUACGCAAACCCAUGGUUGCGUGAGGUUGCAGUGCUCUCGUGGCGAACAGCACUAAAUGUAAUUCGCACCCCGGAACUCUUCCUCUCCCGUGAGAUUGUGUUAACUGUUAUGGCACUCAUCCUGUCCAGCAUUUUUGGAAAUCUGAGUCAUCAUUCUUUCAAAGACAUCAAUAGGCUCCUCAAUUUCUACAUCUUUGCGGUGUGCCUUGUUUUCUUUUCCUCCAAUGACGCAGUCCCAUCUUUCAUCAUGGAGAGGUUCAUCUUCAUCAGGGAGACUUCCCACAACGCUUACCGUGCUUCUUCAUAUGUUAUUUCUUCCCUCAUUGUUUACCUCCCAUUUUUCGCUGUUCAAGGACUCACAUUUGCUGCCAUAACCAGAGAAAUGCUCCGGUUGAAAAGCAGUCUCUGGUAUUUCUGGCUCACACUUUAUGCCUCGCUUAUUACCACUAAUGCAUAUGUGAUGCUUGUCAGUGCGCUUGUGCCUAGUUACAUCACAGGGUAUGCAGUAGUCAUAGCCACAACAGCACUCUUCUUUUUGACCUGCGGUUUCUUCCUCAAGCAAACUCAGAUACCCAUUUAUUGGAGGUGGCUUCACUAUGUUUCUGCAAUCAAAUACCCAUUUGAGGCAUUGCUAACAAAUGAAUUCAAGAACCUCGACUGCUACACAGGAAACAAAGCAGAAUUAUCCCCCGGACCAUUAGGAGACUUGAAGCCCAGCAAACAUCAUAACUCCAGUCUGCCAGAUAACUGCUUGUUAGGUGUAGAUAUCUUGUCCUCGAUGGAUAUCAAAAUGCAAAACAUAUGGUAUGACAUUUUAAUCCUGCUGGGUUGGGGUGUUCUUUACAGGUUGUUCUUCUAUUUGGUUUUGAGAUUUUACUCCAAGAACGAGAGAAAAUGAAUCAUUUACCGCCCCUUUUUAUUCGUAUAACCUGUUCAUAUAAUGCUCCGGCCUGCUAAAAAGCUGAAGGUCACUGAGGUUACGUUAUUUAUUUCUUGUAUCAUUGCUAUCAUAUUCAUGAGAAUAUAUUCAGUUUAAGAAGCUUGCGAGUUUUCUGCUUCUGU